GCUCCACUUUGCAUCCAGCAGUCAGGAUCCCAAGGCUGGGCUGCAAAGAAAGGUGAAGCGAAGGCGAGGAGGAGUGGCAGCAGCAGGAAUAUUCGGAAUGCGCCUAAGUUUGCUACGCUUUCCGUUUUGAAAGGCUCCUGUGCCUUUAAGAAGCUGACUUCGAAGAAGAGACAUCGCUCGGCUGCAUCUUUCACGUAAGAGGAGGUCCCGGGUUCAUUCCUUGACAUAUCCAGAUGGAAAACUUGGCUAGCUUCUUUCUUUUAUGGGGAGCGUUUUCUUCAGGAGUCUUCGGCUACUCAAAUGGAAAAAUCAGUGUGGCUUGUAGCUCUAUGGUUCCUGGUCACAGAGACUCUGCCCAGACCUCUGCACCGCCAUAUGCCAUCUCCAUCUCCAAAAGUUCCUUUGUCCCAGGAGAUGAAAUUAUAGUAUCUCUUACGGCAAGUGGUGAUUCCAGUUUUGAAGGAUUUUUACUCCAGGCCCGAGAGGUUGGAGGUGAUGUUGCUGUGGGACAUUUCAGAAUCCUAGACCCUAACUCACAAGGCCUUGCGUGUAACAACAUUCAGAAUUCUUCCCUGAGUCACACAGACAAGGCAAAGAAGCAAAACAUAACAGCAAUUUGGAUCACUGCUCCUGGUAUAGGGGAUGUUGAAUUCAGAGCAACAGCGCUCUAUAAUUUUUCGGUAUUCUGGACUCAAGUUCGAAGUCAAGUUCUCGUGUCUUCCAGUUCACCACUUGUUCCAACCUUCUCCUCCACAACAAUCUCCACAGAGGAAGGGUGUGGCAAAAACAAGUUCUGUUUCAGUAACCCUGCAGGCUGCAACGCAAGCAGCCCAAACUGUUACUUCAUGUCAUCUGCGGCAUUAGGGAGCGAUGCUUUCCAAUUCGAAAUGAGUGGACUUUCAGAUGGAUAUGUAGCCAUUGGCUUUUCUGAUGACAAGAUAAUGGGAGAUGAUGAUGUUUAUAUUUGUGGUAAGAAUGCAACAGACCGCAUAGAGGUUCAACAUGCCUUCUCAACUGGACGUUCUACUCCCAGUCCAAGGCCUCUGGGUAACGUGGACGUUCUAACAACAUCCUUCAGCGAGGGAAUUAUCAGGUGUUCUUUCAUUUCGAGAAACCCCAUAUCAACUCAGCCAAGAAGCACUGACAGUUUGUACUACAUAUUUCUGGCUUUUGGGCCAUCGUCCGCUGAUGGGAGGAUACGGAAGCAUCCCAGGACACCCUUUAUUACUGAUCAGAAGGUGGACAUUUCAAGCUUUGCAGCAGUAGGUGGCACCAGUUCUACACCCUUGAUCAUCAAAGCUCAUGGAGCCCUCAUGUUGAUCGCUUGGAUGACCACAGGAAGUGUGGGAAUGAUAUUUGCCAGGUACUUGAAGAGAUCCAUCAAAAAACCUCUCUUGGGUAAAGAUAUUUGGUUUCAGAUCCACUUUUUGAUGAUGUUGCUAACUGUUGUGGCUACGGCAAUCGCUUUCAUAUUAUGCUUUGUGGCAGCAAAGGGGUGGAGUGAGUGGGCAGGAGCUCAUGCUGUUAUUGGAUGUAUUGUCAUGAUUCUCUCUUUGAUUCAACCGGCCAUAGCAUUUUUCCGACCAUCUCUUCAAGAUAACCGGAGGUUUAUUUUUAAUUGGUUUCACAUGCUAAACGCAUUAGUCAUCAAAGUUUUGGCAGUUGCUGCCAUAUUUCUGGGACUGCAAAUGCUCAGCAGCUCUCCUAGCCAAUGGAUGGUUAAAACAAUGGGAGGCUUCGUGGCCUGGGAAGUCUUAGCAGCUAUCCUGAUGGAUGUAACUCUGUGGUUGAAAAAGAAAGAAAUGUAUGAAGAUUCAAACACCAAGGUGAAAAGUGAAGUGAUACUGCUGAUGAUCUAUCUGUGUGGCAACCUGGCAUUUUUAAUAGCUCUGCUUGUAGGUAUUGGAGGUUCUUAAAACCGGUUUCCCGUUUGGGAGGAAGAAUGAAAAUGGCUUCUGCUCUUUUUCUGCCCAGACCGAAAUUUUCAACCUCCUCUGUGCAAUUGUCUACCUGGAUGUACCGACUACUUGUUGAAAGGCAUCAAUUCACUGAUCAUGAAAGUUGUCUGAUAAUGAUUCUAAGGGAAACUAAUUUACAAAUGAAGCCAAAUAUGGCAGAUGUGAGUGUGUUGACAUGGGAUGCCACUUUAGUCUUGACCAUGUUUGACGUACCUGAUCAACCUUUGGAUAUUGGUAGGGUUUCUUUUUCAAGCCAUGGCAAGAGAAACUCUCCUCCCCCUUCUUUUGUGAUGCUAUCUUAAUCAAUUAUUCUGUUACUUUAAAUUUCAGGCAGGAUUUACAAUUUCACUCUCGGACAAAUUCUAAGUACUACAGAGGCUUCAUUAGUACUCCCCUUAAUUUGACGAAUGCAGGUACAACCAACACGCUCUUUCUACCAUGCUGAGGCUGCAACCCUGCAAACGUUUAUUUGCAAGUAAACCCUACUGGCUGCUUUGGAAUGCAUGUCUGAUUAAGACUGCAGUGCCUGUGGGGUCAGCUGCAUGGAGAUAAACACAGAUCUCUCGCCUCUGCAGACUGCUCCAUUCAUUUCAGAGGAAAAACACAAUCUGUGGUCACAUUUCUUGACAUGAGUUCUGCUAGGGAGCUCUUUCAUCAGUGAACAAUUACUGGAGCAUGGCAUAUAUAUUUAAUUAUGACAACCCCCAAAUUAAUCACAUUAUUCUCUUAAUGUUUUCCCCCUCCCCCAUGGUUUUGCUGUCCUUAAAUUACUGAUCUAGUCCAGCAGCUUUUGGCAAGACCUUCGGUCGUCCCAAGCUGCAAAUGUUUUGUCACAUUUUACAACUCAAGCUGAGGCUCCAAUACUUUGGCCACCUCAUGAGAAGAGAAGACUCCCUGGAAAAGACCCUGAUGUUGGGAAAGAUGGAGGGCACAAGGAGAAGGGGACGACAGAGGAUGAGAUGGUUGGACAGUGUUCUCAAAGCCACCAACAUGAGUCUGACCAAACUGCGGGAGGCAGUGGAAGACAGGAGUGCCUGGCGUGCUCUGGUCCAUGGGGUCACGAAGAGUCGGACACGACUAAAUGACUAAACAACAACACAACUCACUGCCAGUGUUCUAAAACCGUUAGCAAUAGAAAGAUGUUUCACAUGUAACACUAAUCAUGAUAGCUGUUGAAGCACAGAUUUAUGAAUUUAGAAUCCAUUUGGCUCUGCAGGCUAAAUGCAAUACUGGCUGGCCGCCCCUUACCUGAGCCUCGUUCUCUGUUUUUCAUCCUCCGCCUUGCUGCUUGCUCACUCCAGCUAGCCAUCACAGAAGAGAUGACUUCUUCUUUGUUUGCCUCCCACAUGCCAGCGUUGUGUUAUUUGCCUUCAAUCUGCAAUCUUCUUCAAUGUCCAAGAGGAAUUUUGUGGUCUACCUACACAAGACAGCACUUGCUGUUGAGCCUCCCCCCCACCUGUCCCUGAAUACAUAGAACCAUAAAAUUGUAGAGAUGGAAGGGACCCCCUGCAAUGCAGGAAUGUGCAACUGUCCCAUACAGGAAUCGAACAUGCGACCUUGGAGUUAUCAGCACCGCACCCUAACUGAUUGAGCAGCUACCCAUGCUAUUCUCCUCGUUUCACUUGGCAACAGUGGCCAGAAAGAGGGGAGGGGAGCUCCAUUUCCCCCUGGGUUGUUGACAGCCCCAAUGGGAACAGUCCAUUUGGCUAUGUAGACCUUGGCCUGGUCCAGCAAGUUAAUUCUUACGUCUGUAAUAAUCCAAUGCAAAACACCAGCCUAAAUGUUACGAUCAACUUUUGUAUUAUUAUUCAUAUGCUGAUUUUUAAAUGCCUUUUGUAUUGUUCAGAUUUUAUAUGAUUAAAUGCAGUUCUUUUUGCAUCUGUUGAAAUAAAAGUCUCGUUG